CAUGUAACAAGAACUGCUGAAUGUCGUGCGUGCAACGAAACCUGUAAUGUUCUUUCGAUUAUAACCUGAUUAUAACAUAACAAGGUACAAAUUAAUUUAAUUUAAUUGGCAGAACAUUUGUCAGCCAGCUGGGUUUUAAGGAUGCCAGCAGGUGUAUCGUGGCCAAGAUAUCUACGGAUGUUUGCAGCCAGUGUGUUGUCAAUGUUUGCUGGAGCACAGGUUGUGCAUCAGUAUUACCGUCCUGAUUUAACCAUUCCAGACGUCCCACCAAAGCCUGGAGAACUGCAAACAGAACUUCUUGGCUUGAAAGAAGGACAGACAGACUCUGCAUCUCCGAAACAAUGACCCAUUGAUUUGUUUUUCUUAACUAACGUGCAAAGCCUAACUGAUGAUACAAAAUUAAUUUU